GUGGAGAUAGCAGUGCGUCCGAGCGGCAGCAGGACUGCCUUGGACUGGACGCCUUGGACUGCCACGCCGCAGUGUUGACGCGACGCGCGGCUUCCCGGCCUCAGCAAGCUCGGCCUCCACGGCCACCAUGUCGGGCUCCACGUCGUGGCGGUCCGCGUUCGGCCAGGUGCGCGCCUGCUCGGGCGUGCUCAUGCUGGGCCUGGUGCAGGGCAUGGCCAUCGGCUGGUCGUCGCCCGCGCUCACCAAGCUGCGCGACGGCAGCGGCCCGUUCCAGCCCACCCUGGACGAGGCCUCGUGGAUCGUGUCGCUGUUCGACCUCGGCUGCGGCCUCGGCGUGCUGGUGGGCGCGGCCGUGUUCACGCGCGUGGGCCGCCGCCGCACCCUGCUCGUCGGCCCCGUCUCCUUCUCGUGCUGGUGCCUGCUGACGUACUUCGCCACGGCGCCGGGCUACCUCAUCGCGGCUCGCGCGCUGGCCGGCGCGGGCCAGGGCAUGUGCAUGUCGUUCUCCUACAUCUACGUCGGCGAGGUGGCCACGCCGGCGAUGCGCGGCGCGCUCAUCCUGACCGUGACGCUGCUGCUGCCGGUGGGGCAGCUGCUGGCCUACAUCGUGGGGCCCGUCGUGUCCUUCUGGACGCAGGCCUUGGUGCCGCUGCCCGGCGCGCUGCUGUCCGGACUGCUCAUGCUGUUCGUCAUGGACGAGACGCCGUUCUACCUGGCCAUGCAGGGCCAGCACGACCAGGUCGUCGCCACCCUGGCGCGGAUCCGCGGCCGUGGCCACCUGGCCGACGAGGACGCGGGCGGCGCGGUGCGCGCCGAGGCCGCGGCGGUCCGCGAGGCGGUGGAGCGGCAGCAGCGCGACGCCGCGACGUGGAGGGACACGCUGCGGCCGCCAGGGGCCAAGCGCGCCGCCAUCAUCGUGUUGGUGGAGAGCGGCGCCCUGGCCGCCGUCGGAGUCACCACGGUGCUCGCCUUCACGCAGCAGAUCUUCGAGCACGCCGGCACGCCCGUGCGCGCGGACGUGUCGGCCGCCGUGCUCAUCGCCAUCAAGGUGGCCAUGGUGCUGGUGUCCAUGACGCUGAUCGAGCGCCUGGGCCGGCGGCUGCAGCUGGGCCUGGGCGCCGUGGCCAACAGCGUGGCCAUGCUGGGGCUGGCGAGCUUCUUCCUGGCCCGCGACGUGCUCGGCGCGGACGUGUCCGGCGUGCGGUGGCUGCCGCUCGUCUGCCUCGCGCUCUUCAUCUCGGCCACCGGGGUGGGCGUCAACGCCGUGCCGCAGGUGCUCAUGUCGGAGCUGCUGUCGCAGCGCGCCAAGGGGCUGGUGGCGCCCGUGGCCGUGGUCAUCGUGUCCGUCACCUCGUUCGGCCUCAACAAGGCCUUCCUGCUGGUGGGCAACCGCUACGGCUUCCACCUGCCCUUCGGCCUGUACGCCGUCACCAACCUCCUGGUGGCCGUCUUCACGUUCCUCGUCGUGCCCGAGACCAAGGGCAAGACCCUGGCCGAGGUGCAGGAGCUGCUCCGCGACGCGGACAAGGCCGACAAGGUGAAGGGCCGCAAGCCGUCCUGGGACCCGCGGAUCGGCGAGAAGCUGGCCAAGAACUCGCUGGAGCUCACCUACACGUUCCCCGGCGCCAACAAGUCCGUCAUCGCGGACCUGGAGUGUGACAACGACUGAGUGCGGGGGGGCAGUGUCUUCGAACCCAGUGAAAUGGACCUCUGACCCGCACGUGGUCAACACACGGACCCUUGGUGAACAUCUAACAAUCUCACGAAAAUGGACAUUUACUUAGAUAAUUGAAUCGAAGUGUCACCGUGCCACCGGGGUACAGUAUUUAAUUUUCCACUGUAAUGUAGGUUCUGAAACAUGGUAUACAUGCUGGACAUUUAGGCUUCAUGAAUCUACAAAUGAAGUAUUUGGGAGGUCGACGCCGAUAUUGUUAAUCGACUUCCUGUGAUAUACGUGUGCUGUUUUACAAAACUUGCGUUAACUCGAACUGAAAUCUGUGAUAUGUCUAUAUGCUGUAACUAAUUUGUUCUUAUGUUGUGUACAAACAAUAAAUAUUCGAAAACUAA